AUGAUCAGUAAUGAGAUUACGAAUGACGAUAAAAUUUUCAAUUUGUAUUCAUUAAUCGUUGAUGCUAUAAAUCGAUCAAGUAGCAAUCAUUUACUUUAUUGGGCAAGGGUGCUAAGAGUCUUCUUGUCUGAAGCACUCAGACAUGGAAAAUUAACAAUUGUUAACAUAGAUGGUUUUCUAAAUAAUUUAAAAUCUGAAUCUUGUUCAUUUAAUUUGGAAAUCAAGCUGGCAUUUAUUGAUUCGUUAGAACAAUACAUCAAAGGAUCCGAAUAUUUUGAAGCAUUUAAAAUUGAUUUAGUAAAUAAAUUAUGUAGACUAGAUAUCAACGAAAGAUUCCCAAAAGUUGUAUCGUCAUCAUCGUCAUCACCAAAAGAAGGAUGGAAUUAUAUCUCUCUCCUAAUAAUAUCUGGACCAAAGAGCAAUGAUUAUAUUUUCUUGCCAGAUGAAUAUGUUUUAAAGUUAUUCAAUAGUAUAAUUGAAUGGUAUAAAUUAUCAGAAACAAGUUUAUAUGACAAUACCGAGUAUCUUCAUAUAAACAUUCAAAUUGCAAAAAUCUUUUACUUGCUGGUGCCAUCUUUUAUUAAACUUGAAAAAAACCAUUUGGAAAUUACAUUCGAUUUAUUAAAGCAUUGGUUUGAGCAAUGCUAA